GUUUUGGUCAUAUUCUGUACACUAGUGCAAUGUUGCCUGUGAUCAGUCAGAUGAGACUGGAGACUUGAGCAUUUGCCUUUUGCUGUCAAUUACAAUCUUAAGAGAAAGAAGAAAAAUUGUAUUUUAUUCUUGCAAGAAUGGACCAAACCUAUGACUAUGACUACAAUAUUUCUAGUAGUGAUAAGAGUUCUUAUUAUAACAGCACAGAAAAGACUUACUCAAAACCAUAUACUAUGCAACAACCAUCUGUAAUGAAUAUCAUGAUCAUUGUGAUAAAUUCCAUAAUUUUCAUCCUGGGAGUGAUUGGAAAUGGUAUAGUGAUCUGUAUAACUGGUUUCAAGAUGAAGAGGACCAUUAACACCACUUGGUUCCUCAGCUUGGCAGUCUCUGAUUUCUUAUUCUGUGUUUUUCUUCCGUUCAGUAUUGUUCAAAUGGCCAGUGACCAACAUUGGCACUUUGGAAAGUUUAUGUGCAAGUUCACCUCCUUCAUAAUGUUCCUGAACAUGUUCAGCAGCAUCUUCCUCCUGGUCAUCAUCAGCAUUGACCGAAGUGUGUCAGUUUUCUACCCAGUAUGGUCCCAAAAUUACCGCACCACACGAUUUGCUACUGUAGUGGUCCUCAUUGCCUGGAUUAUCUCUGCUUUAUUGAGCACACCCUCACUGAUCUUCCGAGACACUGCAGUCAAAUCUGAGAAGACACAUUGUUUUAACAAAUAUGGCUCUGGUAUGUCUAAAAAAAAUCUUCAUAGAGUGGUUGCUUUAACAAGAUUCGUUUUUGGAUUUGUCAUUCCUUUUAUUGUCAUAGCCUUCUGCUACUCCAUUAUCAUUAUAAAACUGAAGAAAAACCGAAUGGCAAAAUCCUUGAAACCAUUCAAGAUCAUGACUGCCAUCAUAGUGACUUUCUUUCUCUGCUGGUUACCCUAUCACAUUUUUAUCAUCCUGGAGAUAAACCACUAUAAUUACAGCCCUGAUAUUUUCCUGAAGUGGAUGAGUAUGGCAGUUUCCCUUGCCUUUGCUAACAGCUGCCUCAAUCCUAUCCUUUAUGUGUUCAUGGGCAAAGACUUCAAGGAGAAGUUCAAGGUCUCCUUUCUGUCGAAAAUCGAAAAUGCUCUGAGUGAAGAUGCGCGCACCACAACCAGACGGAUUUCAAGGACAAGUUCAGCAUUUGAAAAAGGUUCAACGCUUGUUUAAGACAUGUGACUAACCUAGGAGUUGUAGCUCCUGCAGUACCUGUGAAACAGUGGGAGAUCAUUAAUAUAUAUGAAAUAAUAAUUACGGUAAAAAAAAGUAACAUGGGCAUGUUGUACACAUUAUGCAUUCAUGGCUUUUGUUUAAAAUGGAAAUGUUAACAAAAUACAGGAUUUUACUGACAUGAUACUAAGCUAUUGGUUCUCAGACAACAGUCACAUCAGAAAGAAUCACUCUGCUUCAAGGGCUCAAUAAGUAUCGGAAAUUAUACUAAUCUGUAAAUGGUAAACAUAAGUGUUCAUACAGUAUACAGGAAAUCUCACAUGAUAAGAGCAGAGAUACCAAAGCUUUCACAAAGGGUGGUAAACCCUACUAAAAAACAGCAAAACUUCACAUUUCAACCAAUGAUAUGGGGGAGGGAGAGGAGGUGUGAAACUGGAACACAAAAAUUACUGUUGGACAGUUAAACAUUAGAACUCUCUAAAAUGUUCCCAGAGUACAUAUUCUGCAUGAAAGGUGAGGAUCUUGUGAAUGACAAUACAAGUACAGGUGUUCAUGUUUCUUCUAGAAAAGUAAGACACUCAUCAGCACAAAUUAGUCUCGAUGGGUGGAAGAAUUCAGAAAGCUCGUCUGAGAAGAAAAAGUAAAACAUAAGAAUGUAUUCAAAUGACAUCUGCACGAAAACUAAAGGGGAUGUUCAGUGAAAUAUCUUCAGCAUGUUUCUUCCUCAUAAAAGUAUUGUAACGCAUACUGCCAUCAGGGUGUGUAAGAGCCGGCUUACCAGAGAAGGUGACAUAACCGCCCUUCCCUGUGAUACCAGGACUGCAGCUACUGGCCUGUGGAGAGAUCUCUCUUUAGCUCACCGGGCUGGGUCCCUGUUGAGUGACGCGGGAGUCCCGGGUUCGAGCCCUCG